CCUCAAACCGACCUAUCCAGUCGAGCGUCUCUGCAUUCGGACUUCAUUUCCCAUAGUCCCGUGUAACUCGCCCUUGCUCGCUAGUGUCAGACAGUGUAUUCGAAACAGCAUGGAAGGUGCAAGUUAUCGCACUCAGUUGUCGUGCACUUGAGGCGAAUGAAGUGUAGAAAUGUGUUCGACCCUUGUCCCUUGGGCUGCCGAGCUUUGAGGUCACUUUUGAUUAAAAAAAAACUGCGUGUGUUUACAAGCAGCGUGGCGUGACUGGCCACCAGGCUAGUUAACCAGCUCUCGGAACGGUAGCUAGCCGUCUGUUGGCUAACCCUGCUAGCGUUGGUAUUCAACUCAACUCAAGGGGAGUGGUUGUCAAACUGUCAUUACAUUUACGUGAAAAAGUAGUCCUGUAUCUAGUCUGUUUCUAAGAGGAGGAACACGUGCUAAACAGGACACAGCCUGGUCGUGUUAUCAGGAAGGGAGCUGUCCCGUGUGAGUGUAUCCAGCUAGCCAGUCAGCUAGCCCCCAAGUGCUGGCGUGUAUGAGUGUAGGGGGCAGGGAUGGGGAAUGGAGUGCAGGAAAGCCAGCGGGCACUCAGACAGGGUGAGGUGCUGCCACUUCCCUCCUCCAGCCAGUCAGAGGGUUUUAAGCAGAGCCGCUCCGUGUUGAACUCAUUGUUCUCUGGAGCUUUGGCAGGGGCCGUUGCCAAAACAGCUGUGGCUCCUUUGGAUAGAACAAAGAUCAUCUUCCAAGUGUCUUCAAAUAGAUUUUCUGCCAAGGAGGCGUAUCGGCUGAUUUACCGUACCUAUCGCAAGGAUGGCUUCCUCAGCUUAUGGAGGGGCAACUCGGCCACCAUGGUGCGGGUUAUUCCCUAUGCUGCCAUUCAGUUUUGUGCCCAUGAGCAAUACAAAAGGCUGCUGGGAAGGUAUUAUGGCUUCCAGGGCAAGGCUUUGCCUCCUGUCCCACGACUCUUGGCUGGCUCGCUAGCUGGCACCACUGCGGCCAUGCUUACGUAUCCACUGGACAUGGUCCGUGCCCGGAUGGCUGUCACACCGAAAGAAAUGUACAGUAAUAUAUUGCAUGUGUUUGUACGGAUCUCCCGUGAGGAGGGUCUGAAGACACUCUACAGAGGAUUCACCCCGACAAUACUGGGAGUGGUUCCCUAUGCAGGACUCAGCUUCUUUACCUAUGAAACGCUUAAAAAACUCCAUGCAGAGAAGACAGGGAGAGCCCAGCCGUACUCUUACGAGAGGCUUGCAUUUGGGGCAUGCGCCGGCCUGAUUGGCCAGUCGGCCUCCUACCCGUUGGAUGUGGUGCGUCGGCGCAUGCAGACGGCUGGUGUGACGGGCCACAUGUACGGCACCAUCCUGGGCACCAUGCGGGAGAUCAUGGCCGAGGAGGGCGUCAUCCGUGGCCUGUACAAGGGCCUGAGCAUGAACUGGGUCAAGGGGCCCAUUGCUGUAGGAAUCAGCUUUAUGACCUUCGACCUCACACAGAUCUUCCUUCGCAAAGUGGGCUAUAGCUCACGAUAGCCUGGAGGGGUGACGGAGAGCCACAGAGCAGCAGCCUCUGCAGAGAAGAAAGUGAAAUUUUAGCAGGGAAACACAAGGACAUAUAGACAAAAAAACUUUUAAAGGGUUUGGGGUAAGACUUAAACUGUGAAAUAGAUUUCUGCCUAUAGCGGAGGUGGAAAUCGGACAGAAAACUUCUUUCUGCCCAUGUUGCCAUGAGCAAAGGGAAAGAUUUCAUUAGCGACACUGCUAAUUUCAUGCAUAUGCUGCCAGUGGAGCAAAUAGGGUCAUUUUUAAUUAACUGACACAAGGCACAGAGAUUAGACUGAAAGUUUGCGGAACUGUAUGUUUUUGCACUAGCAGGACUUCGAGACCUUUUUAGUGAUUUUGUUUUCUGAGGAAGCCGUUGGUACACACUAUGUGUGUGAGUGUGUGCGCAUGUGUGUGUGAGUCAGAGCGAGGUACGGACAGAGGCAAAAUGAAUGUUAUGUCCUCUGUAAGCCCCCCUUCACACUGCCGUCUCACAAGUGUCCCAGCACAGCAACUUGCAGGGUAUCCUUUAAGUGCAAUAUAUCUAUGUUCUUUUCAUACCCAUAUCACUCUGCCAUCGGCAUGGAAAGGCCCUGUGUUUUCUGCGUCUUUUCUUGCUCCUUAUAUUGCGCUCGUCCUUUUUAAACAUGGCUUCCUCAUCGUCCCUCUGCCUUGUGACGUCCAAUGCGUCUGAGCUGCCUUGAUUGAGUAACUAAGGAUUGAUUUAUGUUGAGUUUAGGGGGAAAAACAAAAAAAACAAAAACAUUGCCUGUUUUUUUCAUCAUCUACAGUCAGUGUACUUUCAUAUCAAUUAAAAUUCAUACAGUUGUAUGCCAAAUUUUGAACAACCCCUGGUGAAAUUGUUUUGUUGAUUUUCUAAGUGAAAUUAAGUUAACACUCCUUAAAUGGAACAUCUACUUGAGUUAGAUCAUGACAUGUAAAAUGAGCCAUAACUUUUGCGCAGGCCUCAUCGUAUGAUUGAUACCACUUUACAAAAAAGAGUGCCCUUGUAAAGGAUUUAUAAAUGGUUUAAAAUCUGUUUAUUAAUGUGAGAUCUAAGGUUUAACAGCAUAGAUGUGGGCUCACUGUUUGGCCAGCAUCAGAUUACCCUUAUGUAUGUGUAAUAAAUAAUGUUAAAAAUGUUACUGAUUAAUAAUAGUGUUUAUGACCUAAUUAAUAACACAACAUUAACAAUUUUAAAUCAUUCAUACACUCUUUAUAAGCGUAGUCUUAUUUUAAAGUGGUACCGUAUGUUAUUUUCCAAUGUGUUAAAUUCAGCAAAUUAAUUGCACAUAAAAAUGUACAGACGUGUGUUCUCUGUAGUGGAUGUGUUAACAAAACGUAACAAAAUGUCAUCUGACCAGGGGCACUCAAACUUUUGCACACACCUGUAUGUGUUGGAGGUAAACCAAGGAUAGCGGAAGCAAAUGUACCCAUAUAUGUUCAUAGAGAGUCUGCAAUAAAGUCUCUAUAUUAAAGCAGAAAGCUUCAGAGGAAGUUUGAAGUUGCUUGCUGUCCACUGUCGGCCUGUCGGCUGCUUCUAUCUUUAGCCUGUGCUAUAAGUGUAGCCGCUCAAGCUACCACUGAGUGGUCUGGGCAGGUGCGUAUCUGUGUGUGUGUGUGUGUGUGUGUGUGUGUGUGUAUACGUGUGUGUGCGCAGUGAGCUGACCAGGUGUGCUCAAGUGAGGGCAGUGGAAAUGCUGUUUGGGUCAGUGUCUUGCUGAGAGAAGCAUGCUUGUUUGGUUCUACUGGAAUGUGUCCUCAUUUUACCCUUGUGUGUCGCUUUCUUGCCUGGGCUAUAAAUAUAAGGAACGCUAUGGUGCAUACUUAAGCAAAGUUCUCCAGCUUUGGUCAUGGAGGACUUUUGUCCAGCGCAGUUUGGUCAUUUUCCCUCCUCAAGCACACCUGAUUCAACUAAGUAGCGGGGUGCGCAAUAUAUUGUUUGUUAUAUUGUUACUGUGAUAUUUGCCUUUGCAGUAGUGAUAUUCCCAAGGCUUGCGAUAUGCAAAUGAGCCUUUGAACAAAUCAUUAAAUGUUGUUUACUUGUG